CAACACGCCACCCCGUCGAUUCCUUUCCGAGAGGCGAUAUCAGUAACGCCAGGUGAUAUGAUUUCGAAUGACCAGCUGCAAGCAUAUUGACGUCAUCAGACGUAAUAGAAAUGUGCGUCGACAGCCAAUCAAUCGUGUUUUCCUUUUUAACAUUGGUCUGCACAUUGAACUCAACAGAAACUACCAAUAAUUGAAAGAAGAAGCAGUACACGGAAAAUAAUAGACACAAACGUGCCGCUGCUAGGGAGACGCGACUUGGCGUGUCCUUCCCAAGAUGAAGUUAUUUUGACAGGAGAAGUCCCUUCCCAUCGCUUUUGUGGCGGUAUUUCCGGAGAGAGCCAAGUGGACGAGGAUGCGGUUGUGCAAGGAGCGUGACGUCGAACUCCUGACGUCAUCCACCACCAAACGUGCGAGUGACAGACGAGCGGAGGACACGAGAGACGAACAGAGGGCAAGGCAACGACGCGAGCAGGGUAGCUGCAACUUCCAGAACGUCAACAUCAGAAAGAAGAAGAUGUCGGGCGGCCCGUGCGAGAAGUUCCAGGCCAACUUUUUUAACAAAAGCAAAUGUCAGAAUUGCUUCAAGUCACGCGAGCUUCACGUGCCCGCGCACCCACGAAUGGAGCACGCCAAGGCGCUGUACGCCGGCUGGCUGUGUUUGGCUCCCGAGGGGACCGACUUUGACAAGGCCACGCAUAGGUCACGGAAAUGGCAGCGUCGUUUCUUCAUACUGUACGAAGACGGCGUCGUGACUUUCGCGUUGGAUGAGCUGCCGAGCACUUUGCCUCAGGGCACGCUGGACAUGAACGCGUGCACGGCCGUGUUGGACGCGGAGGCGCGGACGGGCCAGAAGAACGCCUUGUGCAUCGUCACUACACGCCACCAAGUCUACGUACGCGCCGACAACAAGGACACAAUCGGCGGGUGGAGUGAUCAGCUGACUGUCUUUGUGCAGGCCAACGCCAACAACCUCAAGAAGAAACGUAAAGUAGACACGCACUUUGUACAGGAACCUUCACCUGCCAAGAUGGCGGCCACGGGCCCCAUUUUUCAAGCGCCAGUGGUGGCAGGCAGCAGCCAUUGUCAGGAAGACCAACAGGUUGAGAGGAUCCCCGUCUGGGCUGUAGCAGGAAGUGAACUCGCAGGCCCUCAACAAGCUCUCACAACAGACUGUGAUGUUUGUGAUUUCGGUGACGCACACUCGACAUGUGGAAGUUUGCAUCCCGGCGAUGAUCUGACUGAACAGAAGAGCAAAUUCAUCCAAACGUCUGCUAACAGCAUGGACGCUAACCACAUAAGCUGCGAUUUAGCAGCAGGGAAGCACUUGAUGAGUACCGAGAUGCCCGGCACGGACCCGGAAGUGCGGCUGUACUCGUCCAGGUGGGGCAAGAGUGAUGCCCGCCCCUCCGAGCGGGAGGUAAAUGAUUGCCCGGAUUUGUUAAACUUCAAAAAAGGUUGGCUGGUAAAACUCGACGACGAUGCCCAGUGGAGAAAGUACUGGUUUGUCUUGUCUGCCGACUGCCUCAAGUUUUACAAGGAUGUCGUGGCCGAGGAGGCUUCGGAGCAGGAAGGCGAAAUGGACCUAAGCCAGUGCUUCCAAGUGUCUGAGCAGCAACUCCAUAAGAACUACGGCUUCCAGAUCCACACUCCGAGCAGGCUCUGCACGCUGUCUGCCAUGACGGCAGGAAUACGGAGGAACUGGAUCCAAGCACUGAUGAAAAACGUGCAAACUGCUCCUGAUGUCACCAGUUUAUCAGGCUCGGUGGUGGUUCUCGGCCCUAACACGGAAUCUUUGGUCAAACCGGAUGUGGCUAUCGAUUGGUCCGAGCAGAAUCGGCAUUCCAAGCCCCGGAGUGUUUCGGAGCGUCGGCGCGAAGGCCGCUACAAAACCUUUGACUGGACCGACUUUCGGCCUCCCGGCGGCCCGGCGGCAGAGGAAGACCAGGCUGCGACCCCGGCUCCAUCGGCGGUGCUGUAUGGCGAUCUGGAGAAGAAAAGGAGGAGGGAGGCCAGGAGGAGGCGCUACGAGAGCAUCCUAGGUUUGUCUCCGGGCCGAGAGGUGAUGGGCGACGCGGCGGCCGCCACCAGUCUGAAGGACGAAAUGGAGGCUUGCUGGAAGCAGGUGGAGCGGAAGAACUCCCUCAGGAACGCCAAGCUCCUCGACAUCAACAACGACAACAACAACAACAGCGACUCCAAAUACGACUACAAGAAGGCGUUCGAGGAUCUGAAGUGUCAGCUAGAAUUGUCGGAGCGCGGCAGACGGGAGCUGGAAGCUCGCCUGAGCAUGUGGACCUUGUAUUAUGCGCCCGCAACGUCGGAAUGUUUGCAAAGAUCUAGAGAUGAUGUUCACUCUCUGGGUGAAAAUCCGGCGGUCGUCAUCGCAGGAAGCGGGAUUUUGGAUCCCCAGCGCCUCGUCGGCGAUACGCCCGCAAAGUGGACGCAGGAAACGGACGAUGAUUUACUUCCCGUCUGGUGUGAGAACUUGGCCUCCACGGCGUCGGACAGCUCGGACCUUCCAACGGACGGUGAAGCUCAAAAUGGACCUCUCAACUUGGAGGAUUUCAUGUGUGCCCAACGUGAGCUUCCCAGAAUGGACGACCCACCUUGUCCGGACUCCGAAGGCGACUGCCGGUCCUCCGUGUUGGACGCCCUUGCCGAGACGGGCGGUGACCAGGUGGAUGUCGGGAAGCUCUCCCAGGAAGUGGAGAUCCUGAGCGGCCAGAAGCAAGCCCUCAACCAGCGCAACCAGGAGAUGCUCAACCAGCUGAGCGAGGCCGACCGCGAGAUCCGACGUCUCCAAGAGGAGCUCGGUCGCAGAUGUGCGGAACCGCUUCCCAAAAAGAUAAAGGACCUAGAGCAGGAGCUUCUGGAGAAGGACCAGCAGCUCCUGGAGGCACAGACCCUCAUCACCUCCUUAGAGGACAGGCUGGGAGACGCCGAGGUCCACCUUCGGCGGCAAGAGGAGGACGAGGAGGCAAGCGUGGCGAAGGAUGAGGCGGCGAGCGCGGGCUUCUUACUACGAUGCUUCCAAGCUACCGAGGCCAAGCUGACAGAGCUGGAGAAGAAGCUUGGCCAAUCGGAGCUCAGCUGCAGGCAGCUCCGGGCGGAGAACGAAGCCCUGAGGGAUGCCGGGAAGCUUCACGGACAAAAACAGGCCGACUUCCGGACGCCCGCUCCUAUGGACGGAAGAACGCACCAAAUGCUGGAGUGGAGCAUGCUCAGGUGGAAGGUUCUGGACAGGCUCUUGGAGGUUGUUGACAGACUGGACGCGACAAAGAGCAAGACUGCAAAUGAAGAGGAAGCGCGGCAUCCGGUCGCUUCCUGUCAGCUGAAACUGGAGGAGCUUUGGAGUGCGCUGUUGGACGGCGUCAACGCCAAUGCUUCCCACCCACGAGAACAAGAGGAGGGGCUUCUGAGUGACACGACACCACAGAUGAUUCCUGAAAAUCAAAUCUUGACGUUGGGGCGGGACCUUCUCACGGGAGAUGAUGAUGAGGACAAGCUCACCAGAUUGGACAAGAAAGUAAAUAUUCAGGAUAUUCUCGGGAAUGCCCAACGUGGCAAAGCAUCAGAAAGCGGCAGGAUGACGGACGAUGCCGGGCAUCCCAGUGUGGCGGACGACAGCGGCGUGGAAUUUUUGGGGAUGAUCGCCCAGAUCUUCUCGUCCUGGAUCAAUGUGGCGUCCUCCGAUACGCGGGCAAAACUCGGGAUGACGGCCGAGCGUUUACGCGCCACCUUCAUUUUCUCCACCGAGGCGGCCUUCUGCUAUCAUAUGACCAGCAAGUGCGACCGCCUGCUGGAAGAAAACGCACAACUGCGAAGGCAACUUUCCCACGCCGAGAAGCGAACGGCUGGCGUCGACGCCGGCAGCCAGACGCAACAGGAAACGCAAGAGGAAGGUCAGGAAGUGACGGGAUGCCGGGAGGCGAGUCAAGUGGCCGCUCUGACGGGUCGCGUGACGGAUCUGGAGGAGCAGCUGUCAAUCGCGAGACAAAAACUGAGCUCGGAUGAGAAACAACAUGACGACGAGGUGCAGAACUUGAAGGCGGAGUGCGAGCGUGGACUGGCCGCCAUGGAGGCUUGUCACGUGAAGGCGACAGAGGAGCUCCAGCAGCGACACCUCAAGGAAGUUGACUGCCUUCUGGCUGAGAGGGACAGGAUGCUGAACGAGGAGGCGGUCGCUACGGCAACCGCCAUCGAGGCAAUCGAGCGCGCUCACCGUGUGGAGCUGGAAAAGGAAGUGCAGAGGAGAUGUCAAACGCUCAACGUGACAGGAAACACGCUCAUGGAGGAAGUCUACAAACUACACAGUGAAGAGCUGGCGUCCUGUCAGCGGGAGCUCGAGGAUCUGUCCUAUCGGUUCACGCUCAAGUGUGUCGAGAUUGGUCACAUGACUCAGGAAUUGGAAGAGAAUAGAAAAACGCUCAGUCAACGGCAGCAGGAGAACCAGGAUCUGAUGGAACAAAACCAGGAGCUGAGCACUCACCUGGCGGCCGAGGUCGGUCGACUGACCAAACGGGAAGUACUUCCUUUAAAUCAGGACACCAACGUUUACAAGAUGGAGCUGCUGCUGCGUGUGAAGGAGAGCGAACUUCACAGCAUGAGGCGACAGGUCGCCGCCUUGCAUGACAAACUGUUGGCCGCGCAGCAGGUCAGAGUUUACUGGAGCGAUGAAUGAUGGCACAUCAAGUAGCAGAAAAGUCUGUUGUAGCCCUACCACUUGUUCCUCAUGUAGCACAUAAUGUAUUUCUUAAUUCUUCUCAGGCAACUCUUAAAAGUCCGCUGUGUUGUUGCAUACAUUUUGUCCGUGAUAUUGUAAAUAUUGCUGUCAUUUCUGUUUGAAAAAUGACUUGAACAUAUCAGAAAUGUUCAUAUUUAUUUAUUUGAAUGGACUGUUUUAAUAUUUCCUUCACUCGCAAUAAAGACAAAAAAGUGA